CUGUGAUGAUUGGUGGUGAUGUGUUCACCGUUGGAUAUAUCACCGGUUCACUAAGGAGAUCCGGGGAUCAGGAAUAUGCAAGACCAGGGUUGCAAAUAUCAGGCGCAAUCACGCUGGCAAUGGAGGAAGUGAACGAGCUGUUCUUUAACCGGCAUGGCCAUACGUUGCGGUUCGAGGUUGCGGAAACGUACGGCGAGGAGGUAACUAGUAUUAGGGAGACCGCAGAUCUCUGGACGAAAGAUGUGAUAGGCUACAUAGGGCCGCAGGAAACCUGUGUUCACGAGGGCAGAAUGGCAGCUGCUUUCAACUUACCAAUGAUUUCUUAUUUUUGCACUCACAAUGAAACAUCGAACAAAAAGUAUUUUCCUACCUUCGCCAGAACGAGACCGCCUGACCUUCAAAUUUCCAAGUCGGUUGUGUCCCUACUGUUGGCGUACAAUUGGACUCAGGUUACAUUUUUUUAUCGUGCUUCGGACGAUUUGGAGUACGAUGCGGUCGCAGAAACACUGAAAUCCACCCUUCGCCACAACGGCAUACGGAUUAGGUCAGUGCGAACGUGGAGCUCAAUCUAUCAUCACGGUUAUUCACCGAAUCCCUUUGAUCGCCUGGUAGAGGAAACGUUUAGCGAUACAAGAAUCUAUCUAGUUCUCGGUAACCACGAUGAGCACAUCGGACUGCUGGUGAGCUUAUGGCUGAAGGACCUACUAGCCGGUGGGGACUACUUUGUGGUCGGAGUCGAUCUCGAACAGUACGAUGCUACGCUACCACAGAAAUAUCUGCACGGGCUGCUGCAGACCAAACCGGACCAGAAUGCCGUGCAAGCGCUGCAGCACUAUCUCAGCGUAGUCCCAUCAGCUCCUAUCAAGUUUGAGGAAUUUGCUCUUAAGAUAAACCAAUACCUGGAGCGUCCACCGUUCCACUUUCGCAAUCCGUUGGUUUAUUUCGGAGGCGUUAAACAGAUUCGCGCGGAGGCAGCCUAUCUUUACGAUGCAGUCCAUUUGUAUGCUAAUGCUUUACUGCGGGUCUUGCUGGACGGGGGAAACCCUAAAAACGGCACCGCAAUUAUCGAAGCAAUCAAAGGUCGAGCAUACAUGAGUGCGAUGGGAUAUUUGAUACAUAUAGAUGAAAACGGUGAUGCCACAGGAAAUUAUACUAUUUUGGCCAGAAAAGCGUUCAAAAAUUCAUCUACGUCGGAGAGAGAAUACGGACUGUUUCCGGUUGGACGCUUCAGUACGCCGGAAUCUCAUCAAGCCACGGACAUCAUACUAUUCGACACCAUCGAAUGGGCGGGCUCCGGACCACCCAUCGCUGAACCGCUUUGUGGGUUUCGCGACGAAAAGUGUAUAAGUUAUACCGCUGAGAUUACGGGCGGGGUCAUCGGCGGGGCCCUUCUGCUGCUCGUGAUAGUUUGCCUCGUGUACUACCGAAACCGGCGCUACGAGCAGGAGCUGGACAGUUUACUCUGGAAAGUGGAUUUUAAGGACAUUAAGAUGCAUGAAAAUGAGAAGGAAGGCACCGGUCAAAAGCUGACGAGGGCAACUCACCCAUUGAUUCGCACCAGUCAAGUAAGUUUGAGCUCAAAUCCGGACACCGACUUCCGCUACUCGACCAUCUUCGCUCCCCUCGGGAUAUACAAAGGUCAACUAUAUGCAAUCAAGAACGUCCGCAAGAAAAGCAUUGAUAUAACGCGCGAGUUGAAGAAGGAGUUGAAACUGCUGCGGGAUAUGCGUCACGAUAAUUUGAAUGCUUUCAUUGGAGCGUGUACGGAUCCACCGAAUAUUUGUAUUAUCACCGAAUAUUGCCCUAGGGGAAGUUUAAAGGAUGUGUUGGAGAACGACGUGGUGAAGUUGGACAACAUGUUUACCGCAUCGCUGGUGGGCGACAUACUGCGGGGAAUGACUUACUUGCACGAAUCACCGUUGCGAUUUCAUGGUUCCUUGCGGACCUCCAACUGUCUGAUCGAUACAAGAUGGGCUGUUAAAUUGAGCGAUUUUGGAUUAUAUGCAUUUAAACAAGGAACAGACGAAUCGUCGGGCGAAAAAGUAAAACUCGAGGAACAGUCCGAAAAGCUUCUCUACCGUGCACCAGAAUUGCUUCGAGCUGGACCUUCUUACUGCAUUCCGGGUACACCGAAAGGAGACAUUUACUCGUUUGGCAUAGUAUUAUAUGAAAUAUUUACUCGCCGGGGGCCGUUUGGAGAAAUUGAAUGCACCGCCACGGAGUGCCUGCAGCGGAUUAUGAAUCCAUUGGAUCCGAACACACUUUUUCGACCAGCAAUUCAGCCGCUGGAAACUUCGUUCGAUUGUGUCCGUAGCUGUUUGAAGGAAUGCUGGGCGGAAAAGCCGGAUGAUCGACCCGAUUUUAAGACUAUUAGCUAUAAACUACGCGUACUGCGUAAGGGCAUGAAGCCGAACAUUUUGGAUAACAUGAUGGCCAUGAUGGAGAAGUACGCCAAUAAUCUGGAACAAUUGGUGGAUGAACGAACCGAUCAGUUACAGGAAGAGAAGAAAAAGACGGAAGCUUUGCUGUUGGAGAUGCUUCCAAGGCCAGUCGCAGAGCAAUUGAAGCGCGGACAUAAAGUUGAGGCUGAAAGUUACGAUCUAGUCACGAUCUAUUUUAGCGACAUUGUUGGAUUCACAUCGAUGUCAGCGGAAAGCACUCCACUUCAAGUGGUGACUUUCCUGAACGAUCUAUAUACGUGUUUCGAUUCAAUUAUUGGACAUUAUGAUGUGUACAAGGUGGAAACGAUAGGCGAUGCCUACAUGGUAGUAUCCGGUCUUCCGAUUCGCAACGGAUUAACGCAUGCUGCUGAAAUUGCUUCCAUGUCCCUUCAACUGUUGGAAGCUGUUUCCGAAUUUAAAAUACGGCACAGACCAAACGAUCGACUCUAUUUGCGAAUCGGAAUUCACUCCGGUCCAGUAUGCGCCGGAGUGGUUGGAUUAAAAAUGCCUCGCUACUGCUUGUUCGGUGACACCGUGAAUACGGCAUCGCGUAUGGAAUCAACGGGUCUUCCGCUGAAAAUCCAUUGUAGUCUACAAACCAAAGAAAUCCUUGAUUCGCUCGACGGAUACCACUUCGAGGACCGGGGAAUGAUUUCAAUGAAAGGAAAGGGCGAGCAGCGUACGUUUUGGCUCGUUGGAGAGGACGCUGAAGCGCGAGCCAAACGAACCCAGGAACGUUCGGAGAGACGUGGCUCGCGGAAUUUGAACAGAUACCUCGGGAUGCUGAAGAGUCAAAACAGUUUGGGAGGGGUUCGGAGCUCUCUUAAAAAUCGUGCCAUACAACGCAAUUCACUGCCACGUUCAUCUAGUCUAGAGUCACCGAAAAGACUGAGAUUUGCCAGCGGGUCGAUGCUGGAGCAGCAUCGCUAUCAUCGCUACAGCGACGACGCCUUGAUGGAAGUGAUUUCCGACAGCAGUACGCGCAAAUCGGACAACAGUUUGGUGGACAUGGAGGACAUCACCACGUCCUGUCCGUGCAUUGACAACCUCGGUCUGAACACCGAACGGUUCCUAAUUCAGAACUGCCCGACGGUAACGACACCGUUGCUCGCCAACACCAUUGCUACUUAA